AUGUUCAUCUACGCACGAGUUCUGCCUCCUCAUAUCGAUGCUUCACUAUCGUCAGUGCCAUCACCCCUACCCGACUCUUUAAAACGCCAGAGGCUUGCUGAACCUUCCAGUGGGCAUGUUGGAGCAGCGGGGAUGCAGCCGGCCAUCAACCCGUUCCAUUUCUUGGUGCAGCCUAGCUUGCUCAAGAAGCCUCGCUACCUGUACGCUGGCUCCAGCGCCCAGAGCUCGCGCCUGGGUCUUCACUUGCGCCAGUAUGAGAACAGCACGCCGCAGCCCCAGCUCAAGCAGAGGCUCCGCGAAAAAUCGCAGAAGGUUCGGUCUUUCAUUCAGACUGUGCUCGGAGGCGGCGGCGACGACGAGGACAAUGACUUGGCGCCCCCUCCGUCCAGCGGCGACGAGAGCGACUACCAGCGCGCCGAGGACGAAGAAGACGACGACGACGGCUCGGUGGCCAGCUACGAGUCGGACGACGUGAGCGUGUACUCGCAGAGCAGUUACAGCACCAUCUCGAGCACGACUCCCGCCAAGCGCAAAUGGACCUCGUCCUCGCGGAGGGCGCACAGCCCCGUGUUCCUGCAGGAGCGCGAGCUGCCUGCGCUGCCGCUGCCCAAGAGCUCGGAGGACCUGAUCCUGCCCACGUGCCACAUCAUGCGCGCCUUGAGCAUCUACGAGACGCUGCGGCACUUCAGGAACAUCCUGCGGCUCACGCCGUUCCGAUUCGAGGACUUCUGCGUCGCCCUGAUGUCGGACGAGCAGUCGGCGCUCCUGUCCGAGGCGCACAUCGCGCUGCUGCGCGCAAUCCUGCGCGAAGAGGAGGCGGCGGGAACCCAGUUCGGGCCGCAGGACCUCAAGGACAGCAUCAACGUGCACUUGUACAUGGUGGACGCGGUGACGUGGCCCGCGGUGUUGCGAAUGUAUCUGACGAGCGACCCCGAGUACCGGCCCAUGCUGGCCGCGCUCGAGCGGUGCGAGUACCCGUUCACCGCGGUGGCGAGCAAGCUGAACGUGCUCGAGUUUCUGUGCGACCAGUUCCUGACCACGGCGCAGGCGCGCGAGGACAUCACCAGCGAAGGCGGGCCCAAGCACGACGAUCACUGCCGAGUGUGCCACAAGCUGGGGGACCUGCUGUGCUGCGAGACCUGCCCGGCCGUCUACCACCUGGCCUGCCUCGACCCGCCUCUCGAGGACGUCCCCACCGAGGACUGGAUCUGCACCGUCUGUCAGGCCAACCAGGUGUCUGGGGUCACAGACUGUAUAUCAGACAUCGAGAAAGGGGGCCUGCUCAGUCGACAAGAAUGCCUGGGUCUCGACCGGCAUGGCAGAAAGUACUGGUUUCUCUGUCGAAGGAUCUUUGUGGAAGGGGAGAACAACGAGGCAUUCUACUACUCUACGCCAGCGCAGCUGGAGGAGCUGCUCGACGUGCUCGAUGCGGAAGAUCUGGAGCUGGACUUGUGCCGGACCAUCGCCGAGUUCCGCGACGAGAUCGUCCGGCACAUGGAGCUCACCGAGAAGCUCACGAACUCAUCCAAGGGAAACCGGAAAACCUACCUGGACUCCGAGAACGCCACUCUGGCCAAGGUGCAGGCAGAGCGAGCAGCACGGAGAGCCAGGGAGGAAGAGGAGAGGAAACAGCGGGAGGCCCAGGAGGCUGAGGAACGGCGGCGGUUGGAAGAAGAGAAUGCGGCACUGGCGGCAGCCAACCUGGAAAGUGCGGCGCACCGCUUCCUCAAUUCGGUAGAAGACAGCCUCCUCAUGCCGUGCCCCCUCAAACCCGAAGACGGCCUACCCCAUUUUGCGGAGAUGCCGCAAAUGGUAGAGGAGGAAAUGAACGUCGCGUCGCACGCCAACAUCCUCGACAUGGGCGGCGAAGAGAACCGGAUGGAUUGCGGGGAGGUGUCGGACAUGCCGCCUCCGGAACCGAUGGAGGUCGACACGAAGCCCGACGUCACGGAAAUGGAGGAGGAGGUGACGACUACAACCAUGGUCACCACGGUGGUGACGACGACGACGACCAGCACCAAAACGGUCACAAUGGUGAAAUUAAAAGAAGAGGGGCCAGAUGACAUGGCCGAAGCCGAAUCCAAAGCUGCACCUGAAACCAAAGAGAGUGAAGAGAAAGAGGCGGAAUCGGAGCAAUGUGGAGCAAAAGCCGACGACGGAGCAGCAUCAGCAGCCGGCAAGAAGCCCUCAGAGGAAGACAGUGCAAAAAAGGCAGCUGGGAAAGGAACCGGCAAAGAGGAACCGGACAUCCAUGAGGUGUCGUGUCGCCAUUUCAGUUCGGCCCCCUUCGGUUGCUCUUCGCUGGAGGUGCCCACACAGCUUGUCAAGAGCCUGCGCGACCACAUCACGGUGUCUCCAGCCGGCGUGGCAUUUGUGAAACCCUCCAUUCGCAGAGGCCUGCUGUCGCAGAUGCUGGACGAGGUUCUUGGCACACGGAUCAUGGUCAAAAAAGCCAUGUCCCAAAGCACAAACAAGGGACUCCGGCGAGUGCUGGACGCACAGCAGCUAAGCCUCAAGCUGAUUGCCAAUGUGACGUACGGCUACACAUCUGCUGGCUUCUCGGGACGCAUGCCGUGUGUGGAGGUGGCCGACAGCGUGGUGAGCAAAGGUCGCGAAGCCCUGGAGCACGCCAUCCGCACGGCUGAGGCUAUUAUUCCAGGUGCACGGGUUGUGUAUGGCGACACGGACAGCCUGUUUGUACUGAUGGAGGGCCGGUCACGGGAGGAAGCCUUCCGACUGGGCCAGGAGAUUGCUGACCGGGUGACAGCGCAGAAUCCACGCCCAAUGCGCUUGAAGCUGGAGAAGGUGUACCAGCCGUGCGUGCUCCAAACAAAGAAGCGGUACGUUGGAUUUGCCUACGAGAGCCCUGACCAGCAGGAACCCAAGUAUGAUGCCAAGGGCAUCGAAACCGUGCGUCGCGACACUUGCCCUGCUGUUGCUAAGGUGAGGAGGCAGGGUACUCUUGGUCUGCUGCUUAAGGCGCUCAGUGCCAUUAGAGGGCAAUCUGGCGAUGCAGUUGGUCUACGGCAAGGAUUUGUAAGGGUUGGGCACUUGUGGUACGAUAAAGCUUGCAGCUAUUGGGGUGCAUCAUCACAUGGAUUCUCCCGUAAACCUCAUGGAUUUGGUAUCUCCGAACUUGGCACGUGUGCACUUGCAUACAAAGAAGUAAUCAAUUACUUUUAUGUUACUUUCCUCCCAACUUUUAUUAACAUUGCACAAAUAAAGUAAAUAGGACAAGCUGGC